AAAUAAUCCUGUUUUUGUUAAACCACUGGAUGUCAUGAAUUAGGACGUUAAUCUUCGCUGUGCUACACCACCGCAGCCAGUCUGCUUCUUUGUAUUGUCUUCUCAACCAGCAGAUGUCGCAGUGUACCACAGAUGACACUUCCAUGUCUGGAUGGUAGUGACAGUUCUGACACGAUUAUGUGCCAACGUUUAGCCUACACCUGCGCUCUAUGGUGCAGGUGUGUCUUCAUCUUCCUGACGUAGCUGAGCUGUGAGCAGCCAGUAACGUUCUUGUAAAAAAAAACUGUGUAAUUCACCUGUACACCUGUUUUCCAUGGGAAGCUACGGAGAGCAGGCACACGGUAGCUGAGAGGAAGUUCUCCCAGUGAGAAAUGAGAUGAGGUGUUAUCCCCUUCGAGUUGGGUGUUUGUUGGGGGUCGCGUGUUUUCUGUCGCUUUCGUGGAUAAAAUCCUUUCCAGGUGAUGGAGGAUCACUUAUUCCUGCCACACCAGACCUGCAGAUGCUGCACAAGAGACUGUUGGAGGUUGAAGAGCUGGGAGGAAAGGUCAGCAAGGAUCUCCACAUCGUCCUGGAACAGCUGGGGAACAUGACACGAACUGCCAACGUCAGCCAUCUCUUGAGCAACACGUCCUGCAGCAACUCUAGCAGCUCCAUGGUAAAGCAGCCAAGUGAUGAUCUGAGCAGGCAGCCAUUACAUCAGGCCAACAUUCAUCUGUACAUGCCCCACCUCAGAGAGCAUCCAAACAGCCUGGUACCUCAUGUAGCGCUGGGGAAGGGACGCAGCGGAGUGACCAUGGUGCUGGGCAUUCCUACAGUGAAGCGUGAGAAGCAGAGUUACCUGACCAGCACUCUGAGCUCCCUGCUCUCAGGCCUGACCUCCUCAGAAAGCAAGGAUCUCCUCAUCAUCAUCUUUGUUGCUGAGACGGAUUUAGACUAUGUGAACAGCAUUGUACAGAAUCUCUCGAAGAAUUUCUCUAAAGAGGUGCAGUCGGGCUUACUGGAGGUGGUCUCCCCUUCGCAGUAUUACUACCCCAACUUCAGCAUCAUCAAAGAGACAUUUGGAGACUCCAAGGACAGAGUAAAAUGGCGAACUAAGCAGAAUCUGGACUACAGCUUCCUCAUGCUGUAUGCUCAAGACAAAGGAAGAUACUAUAUUCAGUUAGAAGACGAUGUCUUUGCAAAGACUGGUUACUACAGUGACAUGAAGGCAUUCGCUAUGGAGCCAGCUUCUACCGAAUGGCUCUAUCUGGAAUUCUCCCAGCUUGGAUUUAUAGGUAAGAUGUUUAAGACCAGCGACCUACCAAUGAUAGCAGAGUUCUUCCUCAUGUUUCACAAAGACAAACCUAUCGACUGGUUGCUGGAUCACAUUUUGUGGGUGAAGGUUUGCAACCCAGAGAAAGAUAAUAAACACUGUGAUUAUCAGAAGGCAAUGCUGAAGAAGAGAUAUAAGCCCUCGCUCUUCCAGCAUGUUGGCCUUCAUUCUUCUUUGCCUGGAAAACUACAACAUUUGAAGGACAAGGACUUUGAGAAGCAGAACUUGUUUCAGGCUCACAGUAACCCACCUGCAGAGGUGAGCAGCAGCAUGAAACACUACCAGGAGCACAGCCUGGACAGGCUUUACAAAGGAGAUGACUUCAUGUGGGCAUUAUCACCGGUCCAGGGUGACUACAUCCUCAUCAGCUUCCCACAGCCCAUCCACAUAUCUGGCUACGUGUUUCGUAGUGGAAACAGCAAGGCAAUGGGGGAUCAAUUCUACAACACCACAGUGGAAGUGCUGCCCAGCCAUACAACAGCUGAAGACAAGCUACUCGCUGCCUCGAUCACUAAAUCCAAACAGUCGGAUGGCAGCUUCAUCGUUAUUGGUGAAUUUAACAACGGAGUAGCUGCAGGUGAAAUCAGAGAAGCUCUGCAGCCAAUCUCAGCUCUGCGCCUGGUGGUUCACUCUGACUCGGACGUCUGGGCUCUGCUGAGUGAGGUUCACAUUAAGAUAUGAAGAGUGCAGAGGGAUACUCACUGGACAAAGAUCGCCUUCUGCUGGACAGACACUCUGACUACAGGGACAUGUUCAGCCCUGAAACCCAAUGAUCACCCGUUAGUGUGAUCUAAGAGGUGCUUCAGACAGAAAUCUCAUGUUGGGUAAUGAUCUGGAGGAAGAAGCUGACCAAACACAAAACCUGCUCCAGCCACUACUGGUUCACACCAAGAUAACCUUUCACGCAGGUUUACACCGUGACAACGGAUUUUUCUAUUAAAUAAACACAUGUAUGAAAUAUCA